CAGCAAUCAGUCCAUAAACAUUUACAAUGGCUUUCAAGUUUAUCGUUCUCGCGGCUUUCCUCGCCGUUGGAAACGCUGGAGUCCUUCCAGCUGUCUCAUUGGGAUACAAUUUGGAACAUUCAGCUCCCCUUGUCUACGCUCCUGUAGCCAAAGUUGAUGCUGAAUACGAUCCCCAUCCCGAAUACAAGUUUUCAUAUGGUGUCCACGAUUCAUUGACUGGUGAUGCCAAAACCCACGAAGAAACCCGUCAUGGUGAUUCUGUUGAGGGCAGCUAUAGCCUCAUUGAAGCUGACGGCAGCAAAAGGAUCGUUCACUACACCGCCGACGACCACAACGGAUUUAAUGCCGUAGUUGAGAAACAACCAGCUGUCCAUCCUGUUCCAGUUCCAGCUCCAGCUCCAGUCGUUCAAGCUGUUCAAGCACCCGUUCUUUUCAAAUCUCAACUCUAUCACGCUCAGCCAGCAUACAAAAUUGCUCCUGUUGCUCCUGUCGCUCCUCUUGCUCACCUUUACACCGCUCCUACCCACAGCUACGCCUCUCUCAUCAGCACCCACUAACUUUAUUUAUUUUCUUUAUACAACUUGCAAUUGGAUUCUC